AUGGGGUCCUGGAAUAUAGGAACUUUGACGGAAAAGUCUAUAGAGUUAGCGAAGAUCCUCCAGAAGAGGAAGAUCAACAUAGCUUGUGUCCGGGAGACUAGAUGGGUGGGGUCGAAGGCUCGAGAUGCUGAUGGGUUUAAAUUGUGUGUCUCAGGAUGCGAGAGGGAUAAGAAUGUGGUAGGUAUCUUGGUUGACAGGUAUCUUAGGGAGCUAGUGGUCGAAGUUAUGAGGGUGAAUGACAGGCUGGUAGCUAUUAAGCUGGUUGUGGGAGGGUCUACUUUAAAUCUGAUUAGUGCUUACGCGCCUCAAGUGGAUUUGGACGAGGAGAUUUAUAAGAGGCGCUUCUCAGAAGAAUUUGACGGGUUAGUACGUGGCAUUCCGCUCACCGAGAAGUUAUUCAUAGGAGGUGACUUCAAUGGUCACAUAGGGGCGACAUCUGGGGGUAUGACGGUGUGCAUGGCGGCUUUGGCUUUGGAGUUAGGAACGGUGGAGGAGUUGGGGGAAGUUAUUGGCUAUAGGAGCCUUGAUGAGCAGUGGAGACACGAGCUAGAGGAGGUACAAGAGGAAGUGGAAGCCAAGCAAGCGGCGUACUUAACGCUUAUAGAGAGCAUGGACGAUGAGGCGAGAAGGAAGAACAGGGAGGGGUAUAGGAGAGCUAAGAAGGAGGCGAAGUUAGCGGUUACUGCGACUAAGACUGUGGCGUUUGGGCGUUUUUAUAAAGAGCUUGGGGCCAAAGGCGGGGAAGGACAAGAAGCUAUACAUGUUAGCCAAGAGGGUAGGGAUAUUGUGUUUGGCGACUUGGAGUACUCCGAGAUACGCCGGGAUUUCGGGUAUUGUAGGCGCAUAAGAGUAGAGGAGGUCGAGAGGGCUAUGCGGAAGAUGCACGGGGGUAGAGCUACCAGGCCAGAUGAAAUACCUGUGAAAUUUUGGAAGAAUGCGGGUAGGGCAGAUCGGAUGGAUGAGGCUGAGAAGUUGUUUGAUAGAAUGAGAAAAGAGAAGAUCUCUCCUGAUGUCUUAACGUUAAACAAAGUUCUGCUUUCCAGACAAACUGAUAAGGGUCACUAUUUUUCUAUAUUUAUUUUGCUGUUUCCUGGAUUGCUUGGUAUAAAAUGGUUGAACUUUCUAGUUGAUAUCAGCUCCAAAUUGGCAAAAGUGUUGGAAGUAUAUUAA